AUGGACGUCACCAGCGUCAUCGGGGACUACGGCAAGUUCCAGAGGAAUAUCUUCAUGUUCUGCCUGCUCAGAGGUUUCCCAAAUGGCCUUCACCUGGUGGUGUACACUUUCUUUUUUCCGGUAGUUGAACACUGGUGUGCUCCACCCGAUGCACUCUCCGGAAAUAUGACCACGGAUUACUGGAAGACUGUGGCGCUGCCCCGUGAGACAGGCGUCGGAGGCAGCAUUGGUUACAGCAGCUGUUCGAUGUUCCCGGUGGAGCGCGUUGGAGAGGAGCUUGUAGCUUUUAAAAACGGCACGGUUCCCUGCGAAAGAUGGGAGUACGGCGAGAGCUUCUACAGACAUUCCCUCGUCCAGGAGUGGGACCUGGUCUGCGACAGCGCCUGGAUGCGGUCUCUCGUCCAGAGCGCCACCAUGGCUGGGAUGCUCGUAGGCAGCGUACUCUGCUCUUACCUGGGGGACAGGUUGGGACGUCGACCUUUGAUCAUCAUGUCCUUCACCCUCAGCCUUGUUUGUGGUUUCAUCAUCGCGGUGUCACCAUCCUACCUGUUUCUUCUGGUUGUGAGGCUCAUUUUGGGUCUAGGAUUGGGCCUGGGACAGGCUUCGUCUUUCUGUUUACUGAUGGAGGUGGUUGGGCCAUGCAAGAGAACGACAACAGCCGUCGCCUUCUCCCUGGGAUUCGCCAUAGGGCUUCUAGCUCUCCCGGCCUUCGCCUGGGUUUUCCAAGACUGGAGACAUCUGCAGGCCGUCAUCUCUGUGCCUCUGGUGAUCUUCGUAGCAUGGUCUUGGUAUCUUCCGGAGUCCCCGCGUUGGUUAGUGGCGACGGGAAGGUUGAAGAAGGCACGAAAGGUGCUCCUUCAAGCAGGGGCUGCCAACAACAUCGAGAUCAAGAAUGUGGACUCUAUCAUCGAGCAACUUCGCCGCAAAAUUACGGAGCAAGAUGAGGCGGCGGGCGAUGUGAACUGGUUCGAUCUGCUGAGGACGCCGAAGGUGCGCCGGUACAGCAUCAUUCUGGUCUAUGCCUCGAUGACGUGCGGGGCUGUCUUCUACGGUCUGCAGUUUUCGGUGACGUCACUGGGAGGCGACCCUUACAUCAACUUCGUCCUGGCCGCCGCCGCUGAGCUUCCAGUCUGUCUGCUCUGCUACAGCUCGGUGCGAUGGUGCCGGAGACGCCGGACCAUGCUCGCCAUGUUUGGCGUAGCAGGUCUUUGCUCCGUUGCCGUCGGUCUCCUCAUAUUCGCUGGUUCGACGGUGGCAUGGUUGCGCCAGUGCUUGGGGAUCGUAGGCAAACUCGUGGCUUCGGCGUCUCUCACGGUCAUCUGGAUGUUCGCCGCCGAGGUGUUCCCCACCGUGCUGCGUACCGUGGGCGUCGGAGCAUGCCUCGUGGGAACCCGCGUGGGCGCAGCCCUCGCACCUUUCAUCGUAGAACUGAAAAGCUACACCAGCGAGGUGGUGCCUCCGAUUAUCCUGGGUGGCCUCUUCUUCUUGUCCGCCAUCUUGAUCCUCCUGUUGCCGGAGACGUUUCGGGUGGCACUUCCGGACACACUUCACGAGACGGAAGGACUCACGAAAUCCAGAGCUGGGGAUUCGAGGAACAACACUGAAGCGCCAUCUAUCGCCGUCAAGCAACUACUAAUGCCUCUCUCAGCUGAAGGUCCUGCAGGCAUGAAAGACGAGAAUGACUGA